ACAUAUACUGUGGCCAAAAACUGUCUCUUUUCACUUCUGUUCAGACCCCUCAGCUCCCAUUCCCACCGCCCUUUGAGCAAGACAAUCUUGAUAUUCAUGAACGAACCAUUUCUGCAAGAUUUCUCGGACUAGCGGAUAAAUAUGGAAAGAGCCCAUUUUGCAAGCAAGAUCCUAGUACUUUUGUUGUCUUUGUCAGUGGUGAUGGUGGUGGUGGAAUCAGGCAUUGGAGUGAACUGGGGUACAAUAUCGUUCCACCGUCUUUCGCCGGAGACGGUGGUGGAUCUCUUGAAGGAUAACAAGAUUGGAAAAGUGAAGCUGUUUGAUGCUGACCCCACUGUGAUGAGGGCGUUAAUGGGCAGUGGGAUUGAAGUCAUGGUUGGGAUCCCUAAUGAGAUGCUGGCAGUGCUCAGCAGUUCUACUGCUGCUUCUGAUUUGUGGGUUUCCCAGAAUGUAUCCAGAUACAUGGUUAAAGGCGGUGUUAAUAUCAAGUAUGUUGCGGUAGGAAAUGAGCCAUUUCUGACUAGCUAUUCCGGUCAAUUUCAAUCUUUGGUUUUGCCCGCUCUGAUGAAUCUACAGCAGUCUUUGGUAAAAGUAAAUCUUGCGGGCAUGAUAAAGCUGGUUGUCCCUUGCAAUGCCGAUGCCUAUGAAUCUUCUCUACCAUCACAAGGAGCCUUCCGGCCUGAGCUGACUCAAAUCAUGACGCAGCUUGUUUCCUUCCUAAAUUCCAAUGGUUCACCUUUUGUAGUGAAUAUUUACCCUUUUCUAAGCCUGUAUGGAAACUCAGAUUUUCCUCAAGACUAUGCAUUCUUUGAUGGUACAACACAUCCCGUGGUGGAUGGACCAAAUGUUUACUAUAAUGCAUUUGAUGGGAACUUCGACACUUUAGUUGCAGCUCUCACCAAACUUGGAUACGGUCAAAUGCCUAUUGUUAUAGGAGAGGUGGGUUGGCCGACAGAUGGGGCUUUAAGUGCAAAUCAUAGUGCUGCAAAGGCUUUCAACCAAGGACUUGUGAAGCGCGUGCUAAGCAACAGUGGAACCCCUCUAAGGCCCGGUGUGCCUCCUAUGGAUGUCUAUCUUUUUGCUCUCCUUGACGAAGGGGCAAAGAGUGUACUCCCAGGGAACUUCGAGAGACACUGGGGCAUAUUCUCAUUUGACGGGCAGGCCAAGUAUCCCUUAAAUCUUGGCAAUGGAUUACUGAAAAACGCGAAACAAGUUGAUUAUCUUCCUUCUAGGUGGUGCGUGGCGAAUCCUAACCGAGAUCUUUCUUCUGUGACUAAUCACUUCAAACUUGCUUGUAACGUUGCUGACUGCACCACACUCAGCUAUGGGGGAUCUUGCAAUAAUAUUGGCGAGCAGGGAAAUAUAUCAUAUGCUUUCAACAGCUACUAUCAGUUGAAAAAACAGAAUCCCCAGAGCUGUGACUUUGACGGGCUUGGGAUGGUCACUUUCUUGGAUCCUUCUGUUGGAGAUUGCAAAUUUCUUGUUGGGGUUACAGAUAACAACUCUUUAAGCUUCAUGUUGAAUGGUAGAAAAACAAUAUUCUCAUUAUUUAUUUUUUGGGGGUUUGGCAUGUUCUUCAUGUGAUUACAGGUGUUGAAGUGGGGUUUUCAGGGUUCCCUCUUCUUAAACUGCCUGAUUAGAAAAGGAGAAAGAAUAUUACUGCACAGGAAUAUCAUUAUAGAUGUAUCAAUUAGAAUAUUUUCCAGGUUAUUAGUUAGCUCCAGUGGAGUUACAAGCGAGUGUGGAGUUAUAUAGGUAACUAUUUAUGAUGAAUUUACAUUGGAUAUGAUACUUGGCUUUGUGAGUGGCAGCU